AUGGGGGAACAUAUGGAUGCAAAUAAUUUACACUUUCAAAUUAGCAUCAACAUAAUGUCCAAACGAAUCCUCCUCACCGGAGCCAACGGCUUUAUCGGCUCAUGGGUGCUCGAUUACCUCCUCAAACAAGGCCACUCCGUCCGCGCCAUACUACGAUCCCAAUCGAAAGCCGGGCAAGUCUCCUCCGACUUCCCCACGUACAAAUCCCAACUCGAUUUUGGUAUCGUCCCCGAUAUCACUGCGCCAGGAGCGUUUGACGAAGUCGUCAAAUCAGAUCCUUCUUUCGAUAUCGUAAUUCAUACUGCUUCUCCAUUUCUCUAUAAAGUCAUCACGGAUAAUCGUGAGUUUCUUGAUCCAGCGAUCAAGGGAACAAUGGGCGUUUUGGAGAGUGUGAAGAAAAAUGCGCCCGGAGUUAAGAGAGUGGUGGUUACGAGUAGUUGUGCAGCUGUUGUGGAUUUUGACGCGGAAUUUGUUAGUCAGCCGCAAAAGCUUUAUACAGAGGCAGAUUGGAAUCCUACUACGUGGGAGAGUGCAUUGCAUGGUACACAGAAUAAUGCAUAUCAAGCGAGUAAGAAGUUUGCGGAGUUGGCUGCGUGGGACUUUGUGGAGAAGGAGAAACCGAAUUUUGAUCUGGUUACUUUGGCGCCUCCGAUGGUAUAUGGGCCGCUGAGACAUACCAUUUCAAGUACAAAUGACUUGAAUCAAUCAAAUUCAAGGAUCUACAGUGGAUUCUUCAAUUCAUCUAAGAAUGCUGAGCUACCUCCAAAUGGCCUUCAUACAUUCACUGACGUUCGCGACUUAGCAGAGGCUCACGUGCUGGCUGCAACUCUCUCAGAAGCAUCAGGACAGCGCUUCAUCAUUUGUGAAGGGCAAAUCUCAUCUCAGAACAUCAGCGAUAUUCUCCGUAAGAAUAUUCCAGGAUUGGAAGAUAGAACACCACAAGGGGUUCCAGGUGAUAAGGGGCUGGAAGAUGGCUCUUUUACCUGUAGUAGUGAGAAGGCUGAGAAGGUCUUGGGAUUGAAGUUUAGGAGUAAGGAGGAUACUUUUGUGGAUCUAGCAAAGCAGUUGUUGGAGAUUGAGAAGAGGGAUAAGGGCGAAGAGUGA